AUUGACCGGUUGAACUUCUUUUUAUCUAGGACUUCGGAACUACAUCAAAGCUCGAUUUUAUUGUUGAUGAUGAUAUGAUUGGUGAAAAUGAAGACGAUAUGUCUGGUGAAGAAGAUAACUGUUUUGACACGGUAUGCGCAAUUUGUGAUAACGGUGGAAAUAUAUUGUGUUGUGAGGGGAAAUGCAUAAGGUCAUUUCAUCCUACCAUUGAGGAUGGUGCUGAUUCUAAAUGUUCGUCUCUUGGUUAUACCAAUGCAGAACUGAAGGCAAUGAAAAAUAUUGAUUUUUAUUGUAAGAAUUGUGAGUAUAAGCUACACCAGUGCUUCGUUUGUGGGGAAUUGGGAUCUUCUGAUGAAUUAUCGGGUGCUGAGGUCUUUCGUUGUGUUAACGGAGCUUGUGGGCACUUCUAUCAUCCCAGAUGUGUAGCAAAACUUCUUCACGAGGGGAAUGCAGCUGCAGCAGAAGAACUCCAAGGAAAGAUUGCUGCUGGGGAACAGUUUGUGUGUCCCCUUCACAAAUGCCAUGUCUGUAAAGAAUUAGAAGUAAAGUCGGAACCUGCCUUGUGUUUUGCUGUAUGUAGGCGUUGUCCUAGAGCAUAUCAUAGAAAAUGUUUGCCAAGCGAGAUUGCACUCAAAGAUGAGGAUGAAAACAUUGUACAAAGGGCUUGGGAGGGUCUUAUACCCAAUCGUACAUUAAUUUACUGCUUAGAACAUGAUAUCGAUGAAGAUCUUGCUACCCCUGUUCGUAAUCAUAUAAAAUUCCCAGAUUCUGAGCAAAAGGACAAGAAAAAGCAACCAUUAGAAGCAUAUGGCAAGCAGAAAGUUGUUUCUAAGAAAAAAAGUUUUGCUUUAGAAGAUGCUGCUGGGAAGAAAAGUGCUGCGAAACUGUCAGAAGUGGUUGGAAACUUAUCUUCGGCUGUAAAACAGAGUUUCCUUCCACAAAAGAGGGGGGAUAAAUUGUCUGGACAAUUGUCUUUUAAAAAGCAAAAAGUGGCAUUGAACAACAGUUGUCCAGAGAAACAAAAUGAAUCUACCAUCGGCACUGAGGACAUGAUAUCUUUGGGGGAGCAGUUGUUUGCCAGGUAUUCAGACUCAACUAAGGCAGGACAGGUGGCAAGAGGUGAUGGUGAACAGGAGCUCAGUCAGAGGAUUAAGCCUAAAGGAACAAACUGUUUGUUGAAUCUUGAUGCUGAUGCAAAGAAAAGAAUAUUGGCUAUGAUGAAAGAUGCUUCAUCCUCAUUAACACUCGAAGAAAUCGAAGAUAAGCAUAAAGCACCAUCAGCACAUGUACAUUCUUCAAAAUAUGUGGUAGACAAGCAUGUAACCUUGGGGAAGGUGGAGGGUUCAGUUGAGGCUGUGCGUGCAGCUUUAAAAAAAAUGGAAGGAGGCUGUGUUACAGAUGCAAAAUCUGUUUGUGGAACCGAUCUUCUCUACCAAGUGAUGAAAUGGAAGAACAAGCUUAAAGUGUAUCUUUCUCCAUUUCUAUAUGGCAUGCGGUACACAUCCUAUGGUCGCCACUUCACCAAAUUGAACAAGCUUAAAGAGAUAGUCGAUAUUCUCCAUUGGUAUGUUAAAGACGGUGACAUGAUAGUUGACUUUUGUUGCGGUUCAAACGAUUUCAGCUGCCUUAUGAAAAAGAAGCUUGAUGAGAUGGGAAAGAGUUGCUCAUACAGGAACUAUGACAUUGUACAGACAAAGAAUAAUUUCAAUUUUGAGAAGAGGGAUUGGAUGGAAGUCCAACCCAAUGAGUUGCCGCCAGGGUCAAAUUUGAUCAUGGGGCUGAACCCUCCCUUUGGAGUUCAUGCAAGUCUUGCAAACAAAUUUAUCAGUAAAGCUCUUGAGUUUAAACCGAAACUUCUAAUCCUUAUUGUGCCACAGGAGACACAACGAUUGGACAGAAAGGACUUCCCUUAUGAUCUGAUUUGGGAGAAUGAUCAAAUGCUAGCUGGCAAAUCUUUUUAUCUGCCUGGCUCUGUUGAUGUAAAUGACAAACAAAUGGAGGAUUGGAAUUUGAAUGCACCACCACUAUACCUUUGGAGUCGCCCAGAUUGGACACCUAAACACAAGGAUAUUGCUCAGCAACAGGGGCACUUGUCCGAGGAUCAACAGAAGUCAUCCUUGCAAGAACAUUGGCUAGGGAAUGUCUCUGAUGCUCCAGGGGAACGUAAUAAUCUUGAUGAAUAUCCUGUGCACCAGGGUGAUGAUAGGAAUCUGGGUAAUAGACAAGAACACUGGGAACAAGAAGCACGGGUAACUAUGAGUCACAAGGAAGAAUUGCCACAUGAAAGCUCUAUCACUGAAGGGGAUAGGAAUCAUGGGCGCCAUAAGAGUCAAUCAGAAGUGAAUUCAGAGGAGUCUCGUGGCAAAAGGAAUAGCAAUAGGAAAAGAAGACCGGCCACGUCUCUGGAGGACAAAUUCACUGGUAAACAUUCUGUCUCCUGCCAACCUUACCGUUAUGUGGAUGGUGGCAGACUUUUGGAUGACCGUACUCCUAAAUCACGUGAAAGACUCUCUCACUUGGAUGUUGAGAUGGAAGAUUACCCGCAUCCUGAAAGUAGUAGCUUCUCUGCAUCACGCUCUUACUCACAAACAAAACAUGGUGGAAAUCUGGAUGAUGAUUUGGUGAGGAAGUACCGCUUGAAAAGUGAGGAGCCUUAUCCAAGUUUGACGAGCAGGAGGUCCCACACUCCUAAUCCUGAAAACAGGUCAGAUAUCCAUGGUUAUAGAUCUUAUGGGAUGGAGGAGAAAUAUGAGAGGGAUGUAAAUAUCCAGUCAAAUGUAAAUAUACCCAGAAGACGGGAUGUUCCACAUCAUUGGACUCAAAAUUAUACAUCCAACCUGGAUCCUGGGUAUCGUCCUUCAUAUGGACUAGUUCCAUCAAGUAACCCCACUUAUGGUGGUGUGAAUACAUCUGCAAUGCAACGACAUGCUCCUCGUCUAGAUGAGCUAAACCAUACAAGAAUGAAUCAUGUGGGGUCAAGACUGCCUUUGCCAGAUACGAGUGGCGUAUUCCAUCCCCCAGUUCCAAGACAUGGAUUUCAAGCUGGUUCAUUUGGCUUUGCUCCUGGACCACAUCGUCCGUUUCCUAAGCAGAAUUCUUCAGGUUGGCUUAAUGAGUAGGUAUUCCCGCUGUCCCAGUAGUGCUACAGAUGUUUUUGUUCACCAUUUAUGGUCUUCUCAGCUGUCAACUCAAUUCUAACUAUCUAGGGUUCCUUUGGUUAUAAUUAACGUUGACCUAAACAAUGACAACUGUUACUGAAACGCUGAAAUUAGUUUCUUCAUAUAAUCUUCUCUGUUCAUAUCAAUAUUUAUCGAAAUAUCGAAUCAGACUUGUUCAUGC